GGUCGCAGCUUCUCUUCCGCCUGCUGGGGCGAGUUCCAGGUUGAGCCUGGAUGCGGCGGGCGCUGCGUGGUCUGCGGGGCGUGGCGCACAGCGACUGCCGAUGAAGGAGUACCCGAGCUGAGUGUCCCGGCGAUGGCUACUCCCUGGAGGUGCACCCUGUGGGUGAUCCUGGCGUCCCAGGUGGUGGCCCUGGUAAAAUGCUUGGAGGAUGACGACGACGUCCCGGAGGAGUGGCUCCUUCUGCACGUGGUCCAGGGCCAAAUAGGAGCCGGGAACUACAGCUACUUGCGGUUGAACCACGAAGGCAAAAUUAUUCUCAGGAUGCAGAGCCUGAGAGGGGAUGCGGACCUGUACGUGUCCGACAGCACUCCGCACCCAAGCUUCGACGAGUACGAGCUACAGUCAGUCACUUGCGGCCAGGACGUGGUCUCUAUACCCGCACACUUCCAGCGCCCAGUCGGGAUAGGGAUUUAUGGACACCCGUCGCACCAUGAGAGCGACUUUGAGAUGAGGGUAUACUAUGACAGAACUGUGGACCAGUACCCAUUUGGAGAGGCUGCCUACGCUGCUGACCCCACAGAAGGCAGUCAGAAGCACGCAUAUGCUCCAGAGGAGGCAGCCCAAGAGGAGGAGUCAGUCCUCUGGACAAUAUUAAUUAGCAUUUUGAAAUUGGUGCUUGAAAUUCUCUUCUGAUCCCUUGAACGUGCUGCAGCACAAAUCCUUAUCUGCACGGAUCGAUUACAGUUUGCUGUGAACCUUGCUACUUGACCUGGUGAAAUUCUGGUUACUCUUUUCUAGACUAGGAUGGAAAAAUAAAGCCAUAGUUUUGUUACCUCAAUUUACUCCCCAAGCAGGAAAAGCAGCAAGCACAAUAUUUUAGAGAUUAAAAUUCCUAUAAAAAGGAGUCUGCUCAACAAAAUGUUUUAAGUACAUUUUGGUUAGUCAGGUGAGUAAACAGGUUGCAGUAACAGGCUAUGUAAAUCAGAUUGAACUUGCUAGUGCAGAUGAACUUUUAAAAAGGCUGAUGACUAGAAUUUACUCUAUAGGCAUUCUAAAUGAAGUACAGUACUUGGAGUUUUUGUUGUUGUUUUUCGAG